CUCGCCCCUUACUAUAUUUGGGGAAAGUGGUUCUGGCGGUCUCAUCACCAACGAUUAUUAUUGUGACAACUUGUCUUCCUCUACCUAGCUUUGCCCAUAUCCACACGUACUCCAUACCUCGUUUUUCGCGCUAGCUAUUUUGCCACAUCUUUUCCCGAGAGAUCAUCGCGAUGAAUAUGGUACCCGACUACGAGGUUAGACUCCGGCUUGACCCAGGCAAGGUUUUGGGCUUCAAUCAAGAACCAGCAGAAGAUGUCAAAACGGCCUUUGAUGUUUCGACAAUCACUGCACUUAAUGUCCAAUUCCUUGAUAAGAAUUGCAAGGAGAUCUACACCUCCGGCUGGAGCCCCCGUAUUCGCAAGAUGGAGAACAAGAACAACCUUGAGCUUACAUUUAAGAGGCGCUAUGCCAUCGCGGACGGUGACAUCGACGCUGUCCUCAGUAUAGCUAAUCAGGAUGGUUUCCGCGCUGGUGACACGGAAUUCGAGGCGCAGGUUGAAUGGGGCUAUCAAACGCAGACACUUUCCAUCAGUCACCAGGUCGACGUGGAUGAUUCUGGGAAUGAUGGUAUUGGUUUGCCAGACACGACUGAAUCGCGUCAGAUUAUGACCGAUAGAGCACCAGAGAAGUUCGACAACUGGAAUUACACAGGGUGGGGCACCAGCGCGUUACAUUUAUCACGAAUCUUUGGCCCUGUCUUUGCGAAGCGCUUUACUGGCAAGUGGAAUGGAUUGAAGCUAUAUCUUGAGGUCUGGCCUCUCCUCAACUCUGAGGGCACAGAAACUGAGCACAUUGUCGAAGCGUCUUUCAAGACAAAGGACCGCGCGAGAGCCUCACUUGAGAGGGGCAACUUAAUCACUUUUUUGUCUCAGCCGGGGAGAAAUUGGUUUCUAGCCUGCGACUCGCUAAAGACGCAGCUCAUUAUGGAGCGAUACUAAUAUGAGAAAUUUUGGUCUCAGGAAGCCUUCCACAAUCGGGAAUCUGGGGUAGCGUGUUAAUCACAAAAGGGCAUGGUCUCCUGAAUCUAAAUUUAUGUUCAAAGGUGCUAAAAACAGUGAAAAUACUUUACUUUCUGAUAGCGCAUGAC